GACCGGCUCCUCCCCAGGCGUACAGUGUGGGCGGGGCCGCAGUGUCGGACCGGGAUGGUGCUGGCUCUGGUGUUGGCCGCUCUGGCCGGCUGCCUGCUGACGGUACUUGUGCUGCUGUCAGUGUACCGGCGGCCGGCCUGGGCCCCUCCCCCACCCUCUGGGCCCCCAAUGAAGGACGAUGUGUCCGGCCAGGCCGGGGCAGAGAGCUGCCACUUCCUCAAUGCCAUCUUCCUCUUUCUAUUCCGGGAGCUCCGUGACACGGCCGAGCUGCGCCGCUGGAUGCUCCGCAAGAUCCGGGUGGAGCUGGAAGAGCUGCUGCUGUCCCGUACAGCUGGCCGCCUGCUGGAGGGGCUCAGUGUCCGCGAACUCAGCCUGGGGGAGGCGGUGCCUGAGGUAAGUGGGAUCCGCCUACUCUCUCCGGGACCCUCCCCCGCGGAAUCCCUUCCCCCGGAGCUCAGCUUCGAGCUGGAGCUGGACUAUUCCGGAGGCUUCCGAUUGGCCAUCGAUGUGGAGCUCCUGUUUGGGAAAAAUGCCUUCCUGGCCGUCCGGCUGGCCCGUCUCCAGGGCCGAGUCCGCCUGGUGCUCAGCCGCCUGCCCUUCAGCCAUUGGUCGGUCUGCUUCCUGGAGGAGCCGCUCAUCGACUUCCAGGUCCACAGCCAGUUCGAGGGGCGACCCAUGACGCAGCUCACCUCCAUCAUCGUCACUCAGCUGAAGAGGGUGAUCCGCAAGAAGCAUACCUUCCCCAACUACAAGAUCAGGUACAAGCCGUUUUUCCCGUAUCAGAUACAUCCAGUGACAGAGGAGCCGGAGGAACGGACGCUGACGUUGCAGGACCUGGGGCUGGCAGAGGGGCGACUGAAAGUGUCAGUGAUAGACUGCAGCAGGCUGUUGAUGUUCGGCUCCUAUGACCAGGAAACGUACAUUCAAUGCACACUGGACAUCAGCAGCGCCCCCUGGAAGGAGAAGACCAGAACUUCCAUCAAAAUGGUGGCGUUAAUUAAAGGGACAUCACAGAACAUUGGGCUGAUCCUGGUACAGGCCAGAGAUGGAGACACUGGACAUAUCUGUGUGGAGUCGGUCAUGCCAAAUUCCCCCGCUGCGGGCAUGGACCUGAAGAAAGGCGAUCGCAUAAUUGCAAUUGGAGAUAUUAAGGUUACCUCCUCGAUGCAUGCAUUCAAGCUCAUCAAACAAGCUGGGGACAGAGUGCAACUCUACUACGAGAGGCCAGCCGGUCAGAACCAAGGUGGAGGCAACCUUCAGGAGAACAUGGGAACAUUGGAAGAGUCAGCUUUCCCGCAGACCUUUGAUGAUGAUGCAGCAGGUCUCUUGAUAGAUGCAGAAAACAAAGAAUUGGAUUCUGAGUUUGAAGACCUGGCGAGUGAAGUGAGACCUCCUGCGGAGACUAAAGAUGACAAUUUCCUGCCAGUAAAUCAAAGUCCAAAACGGAUUGUAGGAAACCUUUCAACAAAAUCUCUGGGGUCUAUCUCACCCAUUCUAAGCCGCAAACCAAAUACAGCAAGUAACCAAACAGCGGCAAAGGCUUCAGUAAAAUCGGGGAAAGCAAGUCCGCCAGAGAACCAAGAAACUACCCAACUCAACAGAACUUCAUCAGGAUCUGGCAACAAGCCACCGGUACCCCCGAGACCUCAAGUUAAGCUAACCCUAACUACGUGUGAAACUCAGAGUACUGUGGAGCCUGUCGAACCCUCUAUUGAUAAAGUAGAUAAAGUUCCUCCACCCUCUGUGAAUGGUGACAAACCAUCUGAAAAGUCUGGGAAACAAGCAGAGGUUGGUGAAGAGCUCCCCAUUCAGAAACCAAGCUCCCUGAAGCCAGAGGCUGCAAAGGACAGGACCUCUGAAGGGUCUACCAGUACCAGGGAGAGCUUAGAAGACCAGUAUGUGUGGGAAUCUCCAGAGACCUUGUACAGGAAUCGGCAAGGUCGAUGGACAAGGGCAUCUUGCAUUUUUGAUAUCGAAAACCACCACAGAUAUUUGAAUGUAGCUCUUUGGUGCCGGGACACAUUUAAAACUGGCAGCCUGUGUUGCGUCGGGCAUGUCAGCAUCAAAUUAGAAGACAUUUCCUUAGAAUGCCUUUCCACCUCAUCUCUGGAGUACCAUACACGAUUCCGAUUAAAUGCUCCAGAACCCAAAGCCAAUGUCAGCAGAACUGCAUUGAGGAGUUUGAGCAUGCACAAGGGGUUCAAUGAGAAACUGUGCUAUGGUGAUGUCACUUUGAACUUCAAGUAUCUGAUGGAAGGCGAGUCUGAGAACUCAAGCCUUCUGCUGGAGAAAGAGAAAGAUGCCAUUUUUACAGAAGAUGUGACCAUGCUGCCGAAAGAAGAGUUUCCUCCCCCCAUUGUGACUUUUUCGGAAUCAAAGCAUAAUUUCCAAGACACUCAGUUUCAGAAUUCCACCUUGUGUGAUCACUGUAAGAGGAAGGUGUGGACCAAAGCUGCAUCGCAGUGCAUGAACUGUGGUUAUGUCUGCCAUAAGAAAUGUCAAGAAAAGUGUCUUACUGAAAACCCAUUCUGUGUGUCUCUAGAGAAAAGACCCGACAUGGAGUCCAAAUCUGUGGGGAACAGAACAGCAGGCAUUACCAGACAUAUCAUCAACACCAGUUCCCGGCUCUUGAACCUAAGACCGGGACCUAAAAUGAGACAGCCAGAACAAGGGUGUGAUUUGGUUGAGCCUUCGCCAAAGCAAACGCCGAACACCUCAGACAAUGAAAGCAGUGACACAGAGACUGGUGGGGCAAACAGUCCUUCCAAGCGGUCUAGUGGCAGCUCGUCAAAAUUAGCUCGCAGAGAGGGAGGAUUGGAUGACAGUGUUUUUAUAGCUGUCAAGGAGAUAGGCCGCGAUCUCUAUCGUGGUUUGCCAACUGAUGAAAGGAUACAAAAGUUAGAGUUCAUGUUGGAUAAACUCCAGAACGAAAUUGAUCAGGAACUGGAACAUAACAAUUCUCUUGUUAAAGAAGAGCGAGAGUCUACAGAAGCCAGGAGGAAAGCCCUUUUGGCUGCGGCACUGUCCAAGUCUGGUGAGAGACUACAGGCCCUCACAUUGCUCAUGAUUCAUUACCGGGCGGGAAUUGAGGACAUUGAGUCUCUGGAAAACUCGUCUUUGGCUCAGCCUAGAAAAACGGCAAAAUAUGAAGAAGACUCUGUGGUGGUGUCUGAAGCUGCUGAUAAUGAGGAUGAUGAUGCACCACUGGAGAUGAAGGCAACUUUUAGUGACCCUACUGAGGAUAACCUGCCAGAAGUCCUCGAGGCAGAGUAGUUAAACUUGGCCAUAAAAUUGCAUCUUCUCACCGCUUGUACACUGUAAAACCCGAGAGGAAGAAUGGAUCUGCACCUUGACCUGCUUUCACAUACACUGAAUUGAAGGACUUCAAGAAGGACGUUGACACCACUAGCUAUUCGGCGAAGGCUCAGCCAGCCUGCUGUCUGGGUUAUGCAGGUGCUAGAAGACUGGCGGCCCCAAGGCCAACUUUAGGCAAAAGGGAGGAUGAUGGAAGCCGAUUAAGACACUGUUUGUCCAGCGCUGAUAAAUUUAUCCUUUACAUUGCAGCUGCCAUUUUUUACUAUGUCUGCCUGUCUGUCCAUGUUUUCCGAAAAAUUUAUUUUUGGGGAGAAUCGGACACUUUCUACAAUAUAUUAACCUUUGCUGGCAGAGGAGGAUAUAUUGGAGGCUGUUUUGACACAAGGAGCUUUGUGUGAUGCCGUGCUUCCCUAUUCUUCACUCACAAACGCCAAAGAUAACUUGUUUGUGGAGGAAGCUGAACGGAA